AAAAUUUGUCGUAAAAAGUCUUAUUUUAAAUUUAUUGUAACAUUUAAAUUUUUGUAAUUAUGGAUACUCCUAUGCCGCUAUCAGUUCCAAAAUAUCGACAUGUCAAAAAUACGUUUGAAAUAUUCGAUGCAAGAGUGAGUCGUCUAGAUAAAAUGAUUAAUGUUAAUACCAAAUAUAUCAAUCGUAUGAAGGACAUUCGUAAUAGAGUUCGUAAACUUUUAAUGUCUCACAAAAUGUAUAACGAACUGGAUUUCAUAAUAAUGAAUAAAAGUGAUCCAAUUAAUGGGGAUAUUCCAGAUGAAACUCUCGAAAAAUUACAAAAAUUGUCAAAACCCCGGCAAAGAGAUUUAAAGGAAACCCUAAUGAAAGUUAAUCAAAUGAUAAGGGCAAUCACAAGUGACCAUUAUUAUAAGGAAAACAAUUACAAGUUAAAUCGAUAUGCUGAAUUGAUGGAAUAUAGAAAAAAUAUUUGUUGCUUGCUGAAAAAUGCAAAAUUUCCAACUGAAAUUCGUCCAUGCUUUCGAUUUGCAUCAUGUGAGAAGAAAAUAAUCAAUAUUUGGCAAAUACCUACAGGAGACAAGCCAUAUUCUCGAAUACUCAAAGUUGAUUUUGAUGAAACAACAAUCAAACUUGCUCAUCCCCAACUUUUAUACAUCCUUAAUACAAUUACAUUUUUCUUGCGAUUGAGAUAUUAUUACAUACAAAAGGCAAACGAAAUAGGUAGAUGGACUGAUAAAGAGCUAAAUCAAAUCUAUACCACCAUUGACAAUAUUAAUAAAAAACUUAUUCAUCUACAACAACUUGAGCAAAUUGCAAAAACAUCCUCACUAUAUCAUGAAGUUAUUUCUGAACCGAGUGCUGAAAAUAAAACGAUCAUGCAAUAUACACAUUCUAUUGACCUACCAAAAAGAAAACGUCUUGAGGAUGCACUUAAAACUUAUCAAUCGUAUUUAGUAAAAAUUCAAAAAAGAACUGGAUAUCGUAAAAAGCAAGAAACUUUGGUCGAAGGCAGAAUACAGCCCUUAGUUCAACGGAUUGAGCGUAAUAUUAUGUUUACACACAAACUUUUGGAUAUUUUACCACAAGACGAAGCACAUUGUCAAACGGAAAGUUAUAACUUCAAUGAUAAAGGAGAAAAGAAAAUUGUGUAUCCAAUAUUUGAUGAGUCAGGUCAUAUAGUAAAUUAUAAUUAUGAUGAGAGAACAAAUGAGUUGGCCUUUCCAAAGAUUGGAAAUUUAGAAGGAUCUUUACAAGUUCAUAAAAAUGUUUUAGAAAAGUUUGAAAAUGAUAUAAAAAACAUCAAUCAGGUGAUGAAAAGUAACACUCAAGGAGAAUCUAAAAACGAAUCAGACGACAAUUAUGAAAUAGAAGAUAGUAGUUUGAAAAGUAAUAAACCUGAUAAAUAUCAACAGCUUAAAGAAAGAAUCAAUCGACUUAAUGCAUUAAUUCAACAAAAAAGGGAAACAAUUGAAUAUCUUCAAAGUGUCUUACCUCAACCGGGUGUACGAUCAACUUUCUACCACCACAAAUUAUGCUUUAAAGAAGAAAAAAAAAGAAAACCAAUUCCUUCGAGUUAUAAAGCCAAAAAUCUUCGUUCACCAAUUUCAACAUCGAAAGCAUCAACAAAAUAUCUUGAAAGUUCUUUCAAUUCAUACAUCAAAUGGAUAGAGCAAAAGAGAAAUGAUAUAAAAUACAGGGAUGACAUUGAAUCUAUUUUGAAUAGUCAAAACACUUGCGAAAUACUCAUGCUUAAUGACGAAAAUCAAGAAGAUGAGGAAGAAAAAGGUUUUGGAAAACAAGAGAAAAUUUUAACGCAUACUCAACGUAUGAUACAAAACAAAUUGAAACUUGAGACUUAUUUGGAAAGCAUUAAAUUAUUAAAUGCUAAUGAUGUUCAUUGGCAAACCCAUGCGAAAUUUGAAAAGCUUUUAAGAAGGAUGGAACCAAAAAGUAUGGGUUCAGUCAACAAAGAGAGAAUAAUAGAAUUGGCUACACCAAAAAGAACUUUGCUGAAGUUUUCAAUAGUCCGUUUUCGACAUCUGAUGUCUGAGAAUAAGCGACGACGAUUAGAAUGUAGACUUUCAAAAAGUCUUUCAAAACCUGAGCAAAUUGAAUGUGAAUUCCGUCAAAAGGAAUCACAAAAAAAACCAAAAAGUCAAAAGAAAUUUAAUACGAAUGAACGAGCUGCUUUAAAUCAGCUAAUGAACAAAAUUAUAAAUUCUAAAUCAUUGACUGAAGAUUCGACAAAUUUGGAUGAUUUAAUUCGAUAUUCUAUCUUAAAUGGACUUCAAUAUUCUUCAAAAUAAAUCAAAAAAAAAACUUUUCGUGACUUUUCUAACUACCGAACUCUUUUAUUUUUAAUAUUUUAAUAACUGAAUCAUGUUAUUUGCAAUAUAUUAGCGUACAUACAAAGUGUUUGACAUUUUUUGGGUUUUUUUUUUGUGUAAAGAUGAGCAUAGAAAUUUCAUUUCAUUGCACAUUAUGCAUUCAUAUUGAACUUACGAUAUUGCAUUAUGAAAAAUUUACGGCUUCAUGAUAAUGUAAAUAAGAUGAUACUUUAUUUUUGCUUUUAUGUAUAAGGUACAUUUUAUAUUUUUCCUUCUCGUUUUUAAAGUAUAUGUAUCAAUUUUGCAUUACUAUAUAUUUGCGAUACUACAACUUUUAAAUCACUACGUUUAACAUUAUUAUUAAUUUUUUUUUAUUUGAGUUUCGGUCUACUGAGAAAGUAGAAAUAGAAGCUAAUAUGCGGCAGUAGAACUUACUCUUAUAUAUUUUAUUUUAUAUUUUGUUCUAGCCGGACAAUCUAUUAAUAAUUUUUUGAAAGUUAUAACAUUCUUUGCCUUUUUUUUUUUUGAUUUUUUAAAGAGACUUUUUGCCUCUAAAACAAUUUUGAACAAUAUUUUAAAUAAAUUGUUUUAGCAGAUCAAUCAUUUGACGUGUACUCAUUUUGUACCUGGUGCAUAACAUGCUUUAUUUUGCUAUGAUCUAGUCACAUGAUUGCAGUAACAAAAUUUUUAAAAAAAUAUAUUCAAAAAAUAACCUUUUUUUCUAUCAUAUCCCACUCCAACAGCCAGAGUAUAAAACAGAUGCCAUUAAAUAAGCUUCUAGCUACCUGAAAGGAGAAAAUGACGGCAAGCUAGAAUCUAUAGCUCUAUCCAUAAGUAGCUGUGAGUAUUUAAGAGAUUCUUCCAAAGUUGGGAUGAAUUCUUUAGUAGUAUUAGCCAAGCUUUAUAAUUUAGGCCUAAUAAAUGUGAAAUUUUAGUAGCUUUAAAUAUUCGCAUCUUGACAUAUUUAUUAUUUAAUAAAUGUUCUUGAUUUGAACUAUACUGCAAUAUUUCUUUUUAAACUUGACGACGAGUGCUUCAAAUAGCACAAAAUAAUUCUACCUUCUACCUGCUUUUUUUUCACUCGCGAUGAUUGAUUUUAAAGAAGAAUUAGAAUACAAAGUUAACCAUAGUUAAAUUAUGAGAAAAUAAACUGAAAGUCAUUAAAUUAUCAUAGUUUGGGUCAAAUCUAAUUAGAAAAAUUUUAUCUAAUCCUGUGAAAAAUUUCAUCUACAUAACUUUUUCGUACUGUUAUAUUACGACCUUAGAUCUUUGCAUUAUAUCACGAAAAAGACAUCUUACUUCAUAAACUAAAGAUAUUUCAUUUAAAAGUAUUUUUUUUUCUCCUUCCUUCAAAGUAAUAAAUUUAAUAUGAUUUUCUCGAAUGCAUUAUGAGUUAAAAGUUGUGUCUAAGGUAAAAUUUUCUACUUCAAUUUUCAUUUAAACAACAUUAUUAAUGAUUUAAAAAUUUUGAUUUGCUUAACUUUCUUACUGUUUCUGAAUCAAUUUACUUCUUUUUUUUCAAAUUUCCACGAUAUAUAUAACUUCCGAAUUAAGCACGGAGAGUAUUUUUCUCAAUAUAUUAUUUGCUCGAUAUUGAUAACUUUACGUUGUGUGUUUUUUUUUACUUUGAUUAAAGUUAAAAAGCCAUGUGCAUUUAACAUUGCUUUGCAACGAAAACUUAUGUUAUUAAUUAGUAUAAAUGAUAAUUCGCGUUUUGUGACUUAAUAACUUAGAAUUUAGCCUUCUAGUUAAACAAAACCCAAGAAAAUUAUUUCUAUUAAAUUUAUAUCAUUAUUAUUAUUAUUAUAUAUUAUUACUAUUAUUAGGUAUCAUAUUGGAAAAAGAUGUCUUGUUUUCGAAAAUGUUUUUAAUUUAUGAACCAUUUUACUUCUUUGAUUGGAUUGGUGGCAAUUGGUCAUUAACUGUAAUGGAUAAUCGACGAAUAUUUGGUUUGUCAUACUCUUCCAUACUCUUUACCUCUUGAUAAUCGUCUUGGCUCACCGUUUGAUCCACCACUUGAUGUGGAAAAUGCUCUUUGACGAUCAACUCCUGGCAUGACGACAGAUGUUAACAAUCCUUGUCCUUUACAAAACAGUAAAAUUGAUUGGGCAACUUUGGCUGGAGCAUCAGCUAGGACAUCUCCAGCGCGUUCAAUUUUCAUCAUUGUAACCUUUUCCUUAUCAGUAUCUUUAUGCAAUUUUUCGACAACAGUUGAAUAUGGUGAUAACAUUCCGGUAAUAAGUAAGAUGUCAACUUUGCAGUUCUUCAAAGGUAA